AUGGGUCGCUUCGCCCAUAUAGACACGCGAGAUCCCGCCGUCAACAUCAGCAAUUGGUUCCUGCUGGUUGUUGCGAUCUUGAGCGUGCUCAUCCGGCUGGGAACCAAGCUACGGAUCUUCAACAGGUUGACCAACGAUGAUUAUCUGAUGGUCGCCGCGCUGGCUUUGAAUGUGGGACAAUCCAUCGCAGUAUCCACCGCGGUAGCACACGGGUUCGGAGAUCAUUUUGACACGGUUUCCACCCAGGAUUUCGUCCAGGUCAUGAAGGCCCAGUAUGCCGCCUUCAUCCUGUAUAUCGGAAGUCUCUGCCUCUCCAAGCUGUCGCUGUCGAUGUUUAUCCGAAACCUCACUCCGGUCCACAAAGAUCAUCUCCAUGCCGCCAUUCUCCAGGGCUUGAUCGUGGUUCUCGCCGUGAUUGCGAUCUUUGGGACGGCCUUCCGGUGCCAGCUGCCGCGACCAUGGGACUACGUCUAUGGGAAAUGCUUCAACUUAAUGUCAUUCAACUACUUCCUCGCUGCGUCCAGCAUUGGAACGGACGUCCUGAUUGUCGCCCAAGCCCUUGUUCUGAUCGCGGGGAUUCACGCGACAUGGAAGAAAAAGUUCAUCUUCGCGAGCAUAUUCCUGUCCCGAAUCCUUGUGAUUCUGGCGACGCUCUCCGAGAUCAUCCUGCUCACCCGUGUGGGCGACACCCAGGAUCCCACUUACGACUACAGUCCUAGCACCAUUGCUUCGCAGGUCGUGCAAUGUGCCAGUAUUGUCACCGCGUGCUGGGGACAACUGAAACCCUUCCUCAACCAGCUUAAAUCCAACGGCUUGCGCCUUGACGGUGUCGAGUACCAGGAGUAUCCACAGUCCACCAGCAAGACUCCGAUGUCGCGAUCGUAUGGACGGUAUGGAUCUCAACCCAGCCGGGAGGACCAGCAUGAACUGGUUCCUAUCAACAACGGCCGAAGUUUAGCGACCGUCUCAGCGUCGCCGGCCUGGGAUGCUGAUAGCCAGUCGAGCCAAGCCGGCAUCAUUCGAGAGACCCGCACAUGGGUGGUGACGGAUGAUGAAACCCGUUGA